GCGACUACUUCCGACCUGAUCAGCGGUACCAGCACGGGCGGGCUGAUCGCCAUCGUGCUGGGUCGCCUGGGCAUGACCGCUGAUCGACCGCAGUUAUGGACGAACUUGUAUUGACCGCUAUAUAUCGCUUGGGCGUACUUUACGUUGUUCAGGGCCGGCGCCUGAUUAGAGGAAGGUUACAGCCGAUUUCAGACCCGUUUCAAUACAUGGUCAUGGAGCCGUGCCAGGUGGCUCCGGCCGUAACCCGGUGGGUACCAUUGCUCUCGACAGCUGCCCAGACUUUAAAUUUACCGACUGGUCUUAUCGAUGGAUCUGACUUGAACAGACCACGACGGACCCAACGCAAGCAGUGACGGAGAAACAAUGCGCGCAUAAUGAACACGGACUUACUGGAUACAGUGUUGGUCGCGAGCAAGGAAGCGACGAUUCGGGGACAGAGCGGAGUUGAGGCCGCGGCAGGAAGCACUAGCAACAUGAGGGGAUUCGGGUCGGACGCGCAGGGGCAGGCGCAAGACGGGGAGGAGGCAAAAUGCCCGGUCGACCACAAGACUCGCGAGAUAUGGCUACAGCAAGCCCAAAGAGCAAAAGAAGCGCGCGCUGCGCAGGGGGCGACAGCAACACCUACCACGACACAGACUGCUCAAGCGGCAACUCCAAUAUCAGCGUCCGCGCAACAGUCCACAUCGUCCUGGUCGUCCUGGCUACGGCUCCCCUCCUUCUCCCGACCGUCCCAAUCCGAACAACCGGACUCUCCCUCCACAGCGCGCACAGCACCACGAGCGCAUCCACAACUCGGCGAAGACCGGGUCGUCUCCAGCAUCCCGCGCUCCUCCGACCCAGGGCCCUCGGCCUGCCCCGUCAACCACGAGCAAGAAACAGGCGCCUCGACAAGCGGGCACUGGGUGUACCCGUCGGAAAAACAAUUCUUCGAGGCGAUGAAGCGCAAAGGGUUUGACGCGGCGGCGGCGGACAUGAAAACCGUGGUGCCGAUCCACAACGCGGUCAAUGAGCGGGCGUGGGCCGAGAUCCUCAAGUGGGAGGCGCCCUACGUGGCGCCCGUGGUCAAGGGCGGGUGCGGCAUGCCGCGGCUGCACAGCUUCGUCGGGCUGGGCAGCGCCACCUUGAGCCCCAAGGCGCGCAUCAACACGCUGCUGGGGUAUACGGCGCCGUUUGAUCGGCACGACUGGGUUGUUGACCGGUGUGGGACCAAGGUUGAGUAUAUCAUUGACUUUUACUCUGGGAGAAGUGAUGGUGCCGGGGCUGGCAAGCUCAAUUUCUACUUGGAUGUCCGGCCCAAGCUGAAUACGUGGGAAGGAGUGAAAAUGCGGGCGAUGCGGGCCGCUGGGCUGGCAUAAGAAUGAGAGAUGAAUGCUCGAGCUGUGAAAACGGAGUCCCAACCAUGUAGAAUACCAUAACUGUAUUCGGUGAUGUAUAAUACUACUCAACCCACUAGGAGAAUCUCCAUGCCGAAGGGGGUGAUCUCUGGUCAAAUGUAUUAUGAUAAGGGCGGAAUAAAAGACGCAAAGCUAAGCAAUAAGAGGGGCCGAACUACCUACC